UUUGUGCGCCUCCGUCCGCUGCGCGCGCCGCUCCAGGCCCCGCCGCGCCCCGCCUGCGCCCGGGACUGCGCCGCGGCACUCACUGCCCCGUUUAUUUGUCUUUGGAGCAGGCGGGCCGCGCCAGAAGCGGGCGAUCCCGCAGUGUCCUGCAGCCGCGGACGCCGCCUGGCUAGGAUGACACCACGUUGAGUGCGUCUGCAAACAACAACAACAACAAGCGCAGCCGCGGCCACUGCGUCCACCGCGCCCUGCUCCUCCGAAGCGCCGCGCCGCCGCCGGUGUAGCCCGCCCGCGUCCCCGGCCGUCCGCAGCGCCCGGCCGCCGGUGUAUGCCGCGCCUGCCCGGGACGGGCUGAAGCCGGCGGCGGGCCGCACCGCAGGCGCCAAGCAGGGCCAGGGCGGCCAGGGCAGCCUCCUGCCGCCGAGCCCCGAGCGCCGCCGACUGCGGACGCGCUUUCGGCCGGGAGCCGCGGCCGCCACCAGCAGUGUUCAUGUUUGGGAUUCAGGAGAAUAUUCCGCGCGGGGGGACGACCAUGAAGGAAGAGCCGCUGGGCAGCGGCAUGAACCCGGUGCGCUCGUGGAUGCACACGGCGGGCGUGGUGGACGCCAACACGGCCGCCCAGAGCGGCGUGGGGCUGGCGCGGGCGCACUUCGAGAAGCAGCCGCCUUCCAACCUCCGGAAAUCCAAUUUCUUCCACUUCGUGCUGGCGCUCUACGACAGGCAGGGGCAGCCGGUGGAGAUCGAAAGGACCGCUUUUGUGGACUUUGUGGAGAAAGAGAAAGAGCCGAACAACGAGAAAACCAACAAUGGCAUUCACUAUAAGCUGCAGCUACUGUACAGCAAUGGCGUCAGAACAGAGCAAGAUCUCUACGUCCGCCUCAUAGAUUCAAUGACCAAGCAGGCCAUCGUUUAUGAAGGCCAGGACAAGAACCCGGAGAUGUGCCGCGUGCUGCUGACCCACGAGAUCAUGUGCAGCCGGUGCUGCGACAAGAAGAGUUGUGGCAAUCGGAACGAGACGCCCUCAGACCCCGUGAUCAUCGACAGAUUCUUUCUAAAGUUCUUCCUCAAGUGCAAUCAGAACUGCUUGAAGAAUGCAGGCAACCCUCGGGACAUGCGGAGGUUCCAGGUCGUUGUAUCGACAACAGUCAACGUGGACGGCCACGUGCUGGCCGUGUCUGACAACAUGUUUGUGCACAACAAUUCCAAACACGGGAGGCGGGCCCGCCGCCUAGACCCGUCAGAAGCCACUCCGUGCAUCAAGGCCAUCAGCCCCAGUGAAGGCUGGACCACGGGGGGCGCCACUGUGAUCAUCAUCGGGGACAACUUCUUUGAUGGUCUACAAGUUGUAUUUGGAACCAUGUUGGUGUGGAGCGAGCUGAUAACCCCCCACGCCAUCCGAGUGCAGACACCUCCGCGGCACAUCCCUGGCGUUGUGGAAGUCACCCUCUCCUACAAGUCUAAGCAGUUCUGCAAAGGUGCUCCUGGGCGCUUUGUCUACACCGCCCUUAAUGAGCCAACCAUAGAUUAUGGCUUCCAGAGGUUGCAGAAAGUGAUACCCAGACAUCCAGGUGAUCCCGAAAGGUUACCCAAGGAAGUGUUGCUGAAGAGGGCAGCAGACCUUGUGGAAGCCUUGUACGGGAUGCCUCACAACAACCAGGAGAUCAUCCUUAAGAGAGCGGCUGACAUCGCUGAGGCAUUGUACAGCGUUCCCCGCAAUCACAACCAGAUCCCCACAUUGGGCAACACACCGGCGCACACUGGCAUGAUGGGUGUGAACUCCUUCAGCAGCCAGCUCGCAGUUAACGUGUCAGAGACCUCACAAGCCAAUGACCAAGUCGGCUACAGUCGCAAUACAAGCAGCGUGUCCCCGCGAGGCUACGUCCCCAGCAGUACUCCCCAGCAGUCCAAUUACAACACAGUCAGCACUAGCAUGAAUGGAUAUGGAAGUGGCGCCAUGGCCAAUCUAGGGGUCCCUGGCUCGCCUGGAUUUCUUAAUGGCUCCUCCGCUAACUCUCCCUACGGCAUGAAACAGAAGAGCGCUUUUGCGCCCGUGGUCCGGCCCCAAGCCUCGCCUCCUCCUUCCUGCACCAGCGCCAAUGGGAACGGACUGCAAGGCUCUCUGCUGGGUGCCGAGGACGCAACCGUGGAGAAGACAAACUGGCCCUUUUGUGAAGUCGGUGGUAUAUUCCACUUUGAUGAACUAAUGCUCAAAAAAGGAACUGGAAAGCUAUGUCUGGGCUGGUAGUCCCGCCCAUGUGAGGGACUCUGUUUACCUUCACAGCACCCAGCAUCCAAGGACGGACUUCAGGGGACACAUGUAGUGUGCUAAGACAUGCUGAUGGAAACGAUACCUUCAAAACUAAACAUCAGCAGCGGUUGAAUGCUACAAAAGACAUUUAAAGAUUUUAUUUAAACUGUUAAGAACCAACACGCGAACAAAGCCUACUUCUUCAUGAACAAUUCCAUUUUAUUGACUGAACUUUUCUCAUAUUUUCACAUUUCUCAGUCCUGAAGAUUAAGGAAAACAAAGCGACACCUAUUUUGUAUAAAGUUUCUGAUUCCGUCCUGGCUGUCUAGUGCGUGCUAUCUGUGUGGGGAGAAGCUUCGUGAAUAUGCACCAUUUUGAUGCCCAUGCAACACUGAGGAAGAAAAGCCUCGAAACAUUUUUCUGUACUCAUAUUUAGAUUCACAAUGGUUGUGUAUCUCUAUAAUGUGAAAUAUUUUUUUGUGGUGAAAAAAAGGGGGCCAAGGAGGUAUGAGCCAUUAACUGGAACAGAGGAGGAUAUG